GAAGCCGAAUUGGCGAUGACCUUUUUCGUCCAUCUAUCGACCAUUGGAGAUGAUGAAGCUGGUUAUGACUUAGAUUUAUUUUGCAUUCCUAAACAUUAUGCUGAAGAUUUGGAAAAAGUUUUCAUUCCUCAUGGACUUAUCAUGGACAGGACAGAACGAUUGGCUCGAGAUGUUAUGAAGGAGAUGGGAGGCCACCAUAUUGUAGCCCUCUGUGUAUUGAAGGGUGGCUAUAAAUUCUUUGCUGAUUUGCUUGAUUACAUAAAGGCACUGAACAGAAAUAGUGAUAAAUCUAUUCCCAUGACUGUAGACUUCAUUAGGUUGAAGAGCUAUUGUAAUGACCAGUCAACGGGGGAUAUAAAAGUAAUCGGUGGAGAUGAUCUCUCAACCUUAACCGGAAAGAAUGUCUUGAUUGUUGAAGAUAUUAUAGACACCGGUAAAACAAUGAAAACCUUACUUUCUCUGGUCAAGCAAUAUAAUCCCAAAAUGGUAAAAGUAGCCAGCUUGUUGGUGAAAAGAACACCUCGAAGUGUAGGAUAUCGGCCUGAUUUUGUUGGCUUUGAAAUUCCAGACAAAUUUGUUGUUGGAUAUGCCCUUGACUAUAACGAGUACUUCAGAGAUUUGAAUCAUAUUUGUGUGAUUAGUGAGACUGGGAAAGAGAAAUACAAAGCCUGAUUGAGGAAUUCCAUUGCACUAACAGUUGAGUUUUGAAACUUUCUGGGUCCUUCCCUUUUAUCAACUUCAAGUCUGAAACACCAGCUGAGAUUCUAGAAUGUUCUAGUGUCAUGACCAUUUGCUUGUUAGAGGUUUUUGCAUGCACAAUAUAAAAAUCCUGUCAAAUUUUAUAUUUUACAAAUGUCAGGCCACUGCUACAUCCUGCACUCUACAUUUUAUUUGCACUAUGAUCCUAAAGACUAUCAGCUACCCCUGGAUGGGUUUUAGUGUUUAAAUCAUCAUUUGACUCCUGAAUGGUAAAUUUCUUAAUCUGCAUCAAAUCUGAAUUAAAACAGUUAAAGAUUAUAAAUGAAAGAGACAUUUUAAGAUGAAAAUAUAUUAAUUUUUUAGAUUGGUAAUUUAAUUUUGUAUUUCAGUGAAAUAAAUGGAAGUAUUUGGAUAUUGACAGUCACACUAUAGAGGUGUUAUAAAGCUAGAAGAGCAGUCAGUUACAUUAUCUGUUAGAGACCUGUUACAAGAUCCAAAGAGUUUGAUUAUGUUCUGAUAACCAAAUCUCCUAGAAUUGCUUUAUCAUUGUUUUAGCAGGGAAUCUAAUAGUGUGUGGAAAACAAUUCAUUCUACCUCUUAUCUGGGAAAAAUGAAAGACAUAAACAUUUGGACCAAACAACCCAUUUGAAUGUUUGUCUGUCCCCUAGUUGCUUUUAAACAAAAACCAAUAUACAGUAUCCUGGAAAUACUACAUUUACUUUUACAACUUUACAAUGCAAAAUGUUACAAUAAAGGCUGUCUCUUUAAAAUAAA